GUUGGGUGUGGGUAGGUAUUCCUGUGGAUACACAGUGCAGACUGCACAAACACAACACAAAGUGAAGAUCCCUUUGGAUUUUUCUAGAUCAAGGUCGAAACUUGAAGAUGACCCAGUUGUUUCAGAUAAUACCCUUUUCCUCAAAAUAAAGUAAAAGUCUUCGGUUGGGCCUAGAAUUGUUUGUUUUUGUUUAUCUGCAAAGAAAGGAAUCUGUGUGAGAGAUUAGAGGACACGUUGGGAAUUGGGAAAAGGAAGGAGGAUAUGGAUGAGUAUGAGGAUCAAUUCUAUGAUACCCGUGAGGAAUUGUGUUCUGUCUCUGAUGGGGGUUCAGAUUGCUCAGAGUUAGACGAAUCUAGUUCUGGUAAUGGACAUGUUACUAGGUACCAGGUUUGGACAAAAAACCUUGAAAGCGUUGACCAGCGACGCCUCAGUUUCCUAAGAUGGAUGGGUUUAGAUUCUGAUGCGAAUUCUAGGAUGGGAGAGGAGUUGUUGGCAGAUCCAUCUUGUGGAAUUGACCGAAUCACAGCAACCAGUGGGGCAGUGCUGAGAACUUCGAUUGCUGUAGAGGGUCUUCCCUCAACCUCUAACCAGAUUGUGUUGGAUUCGGUGUCAAAUGAGGCUUCGAGCUCGCCACAAAAUUGCGGUGGUACGGAGAAUUUAGCUUGUGUGAUAAAGAAUUUGGACGAUGGAACACGCUAUAUUGUGGAUAAACUUGGUGACGAUGGAACUCUUAGUACACUGCGUGUUCUGGGUUCCAAUCAAUUGAUUAGCUUGGAAGAGUUUCAGAGAAAUAUCGGGCCAUCACCAUUGGUUCGCAGAUAUUUGCAGAGAGAUGCUGAGAACACACGAUUGUUGAGUGUGACAAAAAAGAAAAUGAAGAGGGGUUGGCUAAGGAAACUGGAUUCUGUGGCUUGUUUUGUUCAUAAUCAAGGGCUUGAUGAAACUAACUGCAAAGAUUUUGAUUCAGUAGAUGGAAUUGGGAUACAUAGAGUUCGAGUUCAUUCACAUAGGAAGCGCUUUAAGGAGCUUUCCUCCCUUUACACUGAACAGGAAUUUAAAGCACAUAAGGGUGUUAUUUUGACAAUGAAGUUCAGUCUUGAUGGAAAAUAUCUGGCUAGUGGCGGUGAGGAUGGCACCGUACGCGUGUGGAAGGUGGUUGAGAACGUAAGAUCAAGUGAAUUGGACAUUCUGGACAAUGAUCCGUCAAAUAUAUAUUUCAAAAUGAAUAAUUUUUCAUGUGUAGCUCCCCUCGGUGUAGAUAAAGAGAAAUUAGUUAAAACAGAGAAGUUGAGGAGAUUGUCUGAUUCAACCUGUGUGGUUAUCCCACCGAAGACCUUCCGCAUAUUGGAGAAACCUUUGCAUGAAUUUCACGGGCACAGUGGUGACAUUUUAGACCUUGCAUGGUCCAAAAGAGGGUUUCUACUGUCAUCCUCUGUUGAUAAGACAGUGCGCCUAUGGCAGGUAGGAAUCGACAGUUGUCUUAGAGUUUUCUCCCACAAUAAUUAUGUGACAUGUGUCAAUUUCAAUCCCGUCAAUGAUAAUAUUUUCAUCAGUGGUUCAAUUGAUGGAAAAGUGCGCAUCUGGGAAGUUCUUUACUGUCGAGUUAUUGAUUACAUUAAUAUCAGAGAGAUAGUCACAGCCGUAUGCUUCCGCACUGAUGGAAAGGGCACAAUUGUGGGUACCAUGGCAGGAAAUUGUCGUUUCUAUGAUAUCCGAGAUAAUCAUCUGCAAUUGGAUGCUCAAUUGUGCUUACAAGGCAAAAAGAAGACAUCAGGGAAAAGGAUCACUGGCUUUCAGUUUUCACCAAGUGACCCAAGCAAAUUGUUGGUUGCUUCAGCUGAUUCACAUGUUUGUAUACUUUCUGGAGUUGAUGUCAUCUACAAAUUUAAGGGCCUAAAAAGUGCAGGUCAGAUGCAUGCUUCCUUCACUUCUGACGGGAAACAUAUUGUCUCAGUUAGUGAGGAUUCAAAUGUUUGUACAUGGAAUUACACUGGCCAGGAUAGGAGUACUUCCAAAGCAAAAAAGAUUUGGUCUUCUGAGUGUUUUCUAUCCCACAAUGCUGCAAUUGCUUUACCCUGGUGUGGCAUUGAAUCAAUGCCAGGAACACUCUUGUCCCCAUCACUGGGGGAGGAUUUGAAUCAAAGGUCCUCUCUGUCUUCGCCUGAUUGUUUCUUCUUGAGUCGCGGAUUUCUGUCAGAGUUAGUCCCAAAGGUUUCUGCCACCUGGCCUGAGGAGACACUUCUGGACUCAUGCCAAACUGUUGUUACUCCUAGAAUGGGUAAAUCAGAGUACAAGUUCUUGAGAAGUGCUUGCAAGGGAAUGUCUAAUUCUCACUUGUGGGGCCAAGUAUUUGUAACAGCAGGAUGGGAUGGACACAUAAGAGUGUACCAGAAUUAUGGGUUACCAGUUCGUGUUUGAAACCCAGGCUUAGGUUCAUUUCUUGGGGCAUUCCAAAGUUAAUAAGUUGCUAUGCUCUCAUAGCAUUAGAGGGUUCUUGGAUAGAAUGGAAUUUGCUAUAUUGCAAAGGUUCAUCAUUUGCAGGUGUAAUAGAGUAACAACCAGGGCAAUUCUUCUGUUUGAAAUGCCACCUGAAUAGAUGACUAGGGAUUGCCCCUCACGUAAUAUUCUUUAUACAAAGUCAAUAUCAGUUAUAUGAUUCUUUAAUUUUUAGGGACUGUCAGCUGAGAAAUGUGAUUUUUAGUUUUGCUGGUGGUCCUUAUCGGAAUGUAAUUCAUGAUUAAGUGUAUAUUAUACA